UGUUUUAAUAGAUAUGUUUUUGUUAUUCUGUUUCAGAGUGGAUUUCAAGAAGAUGGAGAGGGUCACCUGAAUCUUGACAUUUAUAAACAUGCAACUGCAUUUCUUCUUCAAGCCAAGGAAACUCAUUGACUGACACAGAGAGCUGUUAACCACAUCGUGAGUGGAAUCCAGCAAUAUCAGGCCGUAUUAUUGGAGCACCUAAAACAAGAAAUGAGUGACACGAUUGAGAGACAUUUUGGGGACCUGGAUCAACUAAAGAGUGACACAAUGGGGGUAUUUGACCAGUUUGUUGACCCUUUCACUCAAAUUGCUUCCACCCAUUUGCAGGACAAGACCAUCAAAGAACUGUUAAAACCAGUUGAACCAGAGAUUAUUGUCACAAAACUAACAGUAUGUUAUUCGAAGCGUGGAGACUCCAGAGUUCUUGCCAUUAAGGACCAUUGUUUUCAUUACAUACCGUUGGUGAAAGGUUUGGAGCAGCUGCUAUCACAUCCAAGAAUGCUUGCAAUGAUUGAUGAGAGGCCAAAGCCAUGCAAGGAUGGCCAAGUUGUCACUGCAAGUGGUGAGAGGACAAUUCAUGGGGCACUCAUAUCUGUGUGUGGAGACACUCUAGCUCAGCAUGAAGUGGCUGGAUUUAAGGAAGGAGUGGGUUUUGCCUACAGUAAAUGCAGGCACUGCGACUGCCACUUUGAAGACAUGCAGGAAAAAUUUAAUGAAGAUUUGUUUGUUAAAAGGACCAUGGCCAGUCAUAACAGGCAAUGUAAUGACAUUGAGAAAGCAAGUACUGACUUUCUGAAAGACAAUCUAAAAAUAACGUAUGGUAUAAACAGGAGAAGCAAGUUAACAGAAUCUCCUCACGCUGAUAUAAUCAAUCAAACCCCACAAGACAUCAUGCAUGUUAUUCUUGAAGGCGUUGCCCCAUAUAAAAUCAAAUGUGUUUUAAAGAAUCUUGUGCUUUCAGGGCAAAUGAACUUAGAUUCAUUCAAUAGUGCAAUUCUGUGUUUCUCUUAUUCUCCUGUUGAUGUGAGGGAUAAGCCUUGCCCCAUAUCUGUCAGUACGCUGUCAUCAAAUGACAAUAAAUUGAAACAGUCAGCUGGGCAGAUGCUGGUUUUCUUAAAGAUCCUUCCAUUUCUUAUGGACAAAAUUGGAGAAAAUCAUUACACACAAAUGCUACGUAACAUGAGCCCAUCCCCUGAAAAACAACCGCACACCAUAAUCCUGCCUCCACCAAACUUUAAACUUGACACGAUGGAUUGUUCUUCUGGAAAUCGGCAAACCCAGACUCGUCAAUCAGACUGCUAA